GACAGAAAGGAACAGCAACUGGAAAACAAGCAUUGCAUUGCAACAAGAUGUCUAUGAAAUGGACUUCAGUAAUUUUGCUAAUACAACUGAGCUUUUACUUUAGCUCUGGGAAUUGUGGAAAGGUGCUGGUGUGGGCAGCAGAAUAUAGCCAUUGGAUGAAUAUAAAGACAAUCCUGGAUGAACUUGUUCAGAGAGGUCAUGAGGUGACUGUACUGGCAUCUUCAGCUUCCAUUCUUUUUGAUCCCAACAACUCAUCCGCUCUUAAAAUUGAAAUCUAUCCCACAUCUUUAACUAAAACUGAGUUGGAGAAUUUCAUCGUUCAACAGAUUAACAGAUGGUCAGAUCUUCCAAAAGAUACAUUUUGGUUAUAUUUUUCACAAGUACAGGAAAUCAUGUCGACAUUUGGUGACAUAACUAGAAAGUUCUGUGAAGAUAUAGUUUCAAAUAAGAAAUUUAUGAAAAAAGUACAAGAGUCAAGAUUUGACAUCAUUUUUGCAGAUGCUAUUUUUCCCUGCAGUGAGCUGCUGGCUGAGCUAUUUAACAUACCCUUUGUGUACAGUCUCAGCUUCUCUCCUGGCUACACUUUUGAAAAGCAUAGUGGAGGAUUUAUUUUCCCUCCUUCCUACGUACCUGUUGUUAUGUCAGAAUUAACUGAUCAAAUGACUUUCAUGGAGAGGGUAAAAAAUAUGAUCUAUGUGCUUUAUUUUGACUUUUGGUUCCAAAUAUUUGACAUGAAUAAGUGGGAUCAGUUUUAUAGUGAAGUUCUAGGAAGACCCACUACCUUAUUUGAGACAAUGGGGAAAGCUGACAUAUGGCUUAUUCGAAACUCCUGGAAUUUUCAGUUUCCACAUCCACUCUUACCAAAUGUUGAUUUUGUUGGAGGACUCCACUGCAAACCUGCCAAACCCCUGCCUAAGGAAAUGGAAGAGUUUGUACAGAGCUCUGGAGAAAAUGGUGUUGUGGUGUUUUCUCUGGGGUCAAUGGUCAGUAACAUGAAAGAAGAAAGGGCCAACGUAAUUGCAUCAGCCCUUGCCCAGAUCCCACAAAAGGUUCUGUGGAGAUUUGACGGGAAUAAACCAGAUACCUUAGGUCUCAAUACUCGGCUCUACAAGUGGAUACCCCAGAAUGACCUUCUAGGUCAUCCAAAAACCAGAGCUUUUAUAACUCACGGUGGAGCCAAUGGCAUCUACGAGGCAAUCUACCAUGGGAUCCCUAUGGUGGGCAUUCCAUUGUUUGCCGAUCAACCUGACAACAUUGCUCACAUGAAGGCCAAGGGAGCAGCUCUUAAAUUGGACUUCAAUACAAUGUCGAGUACAGACUUGCUGAAUGCAUUGAAGACAGUAAUUAAUGAUCCUUUAUAUAAAGAGAAUGUUAUGAAAUUAUCAAGAAUUCAACAUGAUCAACCAGUGAAGCCCCUGGAUCGAGCAGUCUUCUGGAUUGAAUUUGUCAUGCGCCACAAAGGAGCUAAACACCUUCGGGUUGCAGCCCACGACCUCACCUGGUUCCAGUACCACUCUUUGGACGUGAUUGGGUUCCUGCUGGCCUGUGUGGCAACUGUGAUAUUUAUCAUCACAAAAUGUUGUCUGUUUUGUUUCUGGAAGUUUGCUAGAAAAACAAAGAGGGGAAAAAAUGAUUAGUUAUAUCUGAGAUUUGAAGCUGGAAAACCUGAUAGAUGACACUACUUCAGUUUAUUCCAGCAAGAAAGGUUGUGAUGCAAGAUUUCUUUCUUCCUGUGACAAAAAAAAGAAAAAAAAAAAUUUCAAAAUUUACUUUGUCAAAUAAAAAUUUGUUUUUCAGAGAUUUACCACCCAGUUCACGGUUAGAAAUAUUUUGUGGCAAUGGAGAAAACACUAGGGAAAAUAAAAAAUAAUAUAAAGCCAUAUGAGCUCGUACUGAAAUUUGUUGAACUUAUAUUGAAAUUUGUUGUUCUAAUUCACAGCAUACACACAAAAAAAUUUACUCAGCUUAACUAUAUUUCACACAUUGUACAUAAAUACAAGAACAUAAAGAAGUCCACUGACAGUAUCAGUACUGUUUUGCACAUACUCAGAAUAAUUUGGCUUCAUUUUGAAAAGGAUUGUGUUGUUUUAACUGCUGCUAAAGAAACUAUUACAUAGUUAAAUUGUAUAGAAAGUACCUCUUCCUUUUGAUAUUUUAAGAUGAGUAGUAUUGCUUGCCUUUUAUAAUGCAUGCAGCUUUAUUUUCACAUUUUUCCUAAAAUUUAUGGCCAAAUGUUUACUGUUUUAGAGCUUAAGUCAUUUCUCAGUGGAAAUUAUGGGGAAUUAGAAAUAUAGCAACUCUUACCUUCUUCCUACUGUAAAAUUGAACUUUUUUGUUAACGCCUUUGGUUUCAUGAUCCAAUUCUAUUUUUUCUAGAUAUUUAAAAAUAUUCAUCUGGUUGACUUUAUUCUCAUAUUUUUAAUUAUUUCAAUAGUUAUUUGGGGACAGGUGGUGUUUGAUUAGAUGGAUAAGUUCUUUAGUGGUAAUUUCUGAGGUUUUGGUGCACAUAUCAUGUGAGCAGGGCACCCUGCACUCAAUGUAUAAUCUUGUGUCCCUCACCCCCUCCCACCCUCCCCUCUGAAUCCUGAGAGCCUAUUAUAUUUUUCUUGUGCCUUUGCAUCCUCAUAGCUUAGCUCCCACUUAUAAGUGAGAAUUUAUGAUGUUCAGUUUUCUGUUCCUGAAUUACUUCACUUAGAAUAAUGCUCUCCCACUCCUUACAAGUUGCUGUUAAUGCCAUUAUUUUGUUUCUUUUUAUGGCUUAGU